GACGCGACGAAUCGACCUUUGAUUCAGAGUCCGAGAAGGGACGGCAGCCGAGACGGGACCAUGUCCCCAAACGAACUCAAGGAGGCUCGGGUGCGCGAACUCACAAAGAAGGCGUAUUUCUACACGUACCGCUCGCUCGCGCCAACGCCGCCGGCAGAGCUUGAAGAAGAGAAGGCAUCCUUUGACUUGGCAGUCCACCACGCAGGGCUGUUGGUCGAAACCGAGACCAGCUCUCGCGUCUCGAGCUCGACUCCUCCGGGUGCACCCGAAGGCAUCCACGCACCCGCCUCGGCCCAAGCAGCAGCCUCACACGGGAAGGCUCCAACGACCUUGAAAGACAGUGACAUCGUGUGGGCGGACGACUCCCAGUCCCCAAGGUCUGCGGCGACCGAGAGCGACGUCGUCUCAACAAAGGCGCUUCUCUCGGUGAAUGGCAGUUUUGUGCAUCUCGCCGACGAUGUGCGAGCGCGAUUGAGCCCGUCGACGCUCAGUGCGUGCCAAGUCGGACUCGCCGACGACCGGCUUACGGUGCACGAGGCGGCGUCCGUGUGUUUGCUCGGUGAUCCGGCCCGCGAGACGCUGCUACACCUGCACCCUCCGUCGGCGAUGACGCCGGAGACGCAUGUGCACGACCUGACUCCGUGGCAGCCAGCGACUCAGUCCCGCGACGCUGUGCCGACGCGGCUACUGCAGCUUCUCGGGUGGGACUUGCACUUUGACGUCGGCAGCCUUGGGCGUAGUCUCCACGGUCGGCCUUGGUUGCUCAAGCACAUUCGCAGCGUCUACCACGACAAGUACAUUGCCGAGUGCUUAGAACAUACGACGCUCCACGUGGUGCUGCCGCUGCCCGAGUUUCUCUUGCGCUGGGCGGCAGUGCAGUACGGUGUCCAGGACCUUGUCGCCAAGCACUGCGAAGACAUCUUAUGCGCAGUGAACGCCUACCAGCACACGAGCAUCGAAAUCGCGCAGUUCGGAUCGUUCGUCUCAGAAGCAUUUGGCAAGUCGGACUUGUCGGUCUUUCUGCACGCCCGGCAGUUGAUCAUCGACAGCGUUGGCGACUGGACCGCCGCCGAGACAAACGACGACGACAACAACGGAAUGAUGGCGUCGUACUUGCCGCUCUCGACGGCGCGCGAGAUCCUUAUGCGGGUGUUUACAUGCAUGUUGCCGCGGCACCGAGAGCGCGCGAUCAAGAGCUUGGAGAAGCACGUAUCGGCUCCGCCGCCGCCUCGAAACUCUACACCGCAGCAACCAGCGCCCGAGGUCACGCCUGCACUGGUAGCGGAAGCUACAGUGCCGACGUGGUGUGUCAUUCCGCCCGAGGUUGUUACGCCGCCGCUGGACGCGUUUCCGAUGGGGCAUGUGCGCAAGGCGCCGACACCUCGCUUGCAUAUUGAUAUCCCGCCUCUUGCACCCACGCCCCGGGAGAAUGGUGUGGACAUCCAAGUGUUUUUGCUCUACCUUGUGCUCGAGUUCCGCGCCGAGCGACGACGUUUCUACGCUCUCUUGCAGCGCCACGUCGUCGCGACCAAAGCCCGCGAGAUGGAAAAAGAGGCAUUUUUGCACGUGCUCUCGCGGACCACAGAGUGGACCGACGCGGUGUGUCGUCUCGUUUUUGAAGAAGCCGCGGCCGACACGAGUCAGUGCACACGCACGAGUUAUGGCGGCGUCGCUGUCGACUCGGACCACUUGAUGACUGUCGCGCUGCGCUACUACGCCACGCUGUUCGCCCUCGCCCGGUUUCCGACGUCGCCUCCAACGUCGCAGGACCUUGUCGCGCCCGCACCCAUGUACCACGACAAAAGCAAGCGGCUGCAUGCACUCGACUAAUGUUAAUAUGGUGCAGAAUUGCAGA